AUGGCACGCGUUCUGACGCGUUUUACUAGUGUCCGUCUCCUCAAACUUGCGCUGCCUUUGAUACCGACACAUGGUUUCACGCGCGCCGCCCUCGCUGAAUCCGUACUAGCCCUGCCGGCCUCAAGUCAGCACACCGCCCCCCUCUCAGAUACUGCAGUUUCUGCGCUCUUUGGUGAAGGAGAUGAUGCUCGAAGGACUCUGAUAAAUGCAUGGCUAGCGGAGGGAAUCUCACAGAUGGGGAAGACGCCGAGCUCAGCGCCGCCACUGGGACAAGCCUCGCCGAGACCGUCCAUCAGAGAUAUUUUGCAUCAGAGGCUGAGGUAUAAUGAACAGGCUCUGCAAUACUUGCCUGAAGCAUUCGCUUGUCUGGCGACACCGACUUCUAUCACGUCUAUGAUGUUGACGCCUCUCGAUCCCGUUCCGGCGGUGAAGCAUGCCGUGGGGAUAGCUGAUGAGGCAUGUUGCGUAUCGGGGGACCAGUCGCUUCAGCUUUCUUGGUAUGCCCGACGUGCUGCGCUCGCUGGGAUCUAUACAGCAGCUGAGCUUCAUCAAUUAGCGUCACCUAAAACUGCCCAUGCUUUCCUGGACUCCCUCCUAGCAUCUUCAUCCAAAUUGCACGCCUCAGUGGAAGAAGUAGGGCUGUUCGGAGGAUACGUGAUGAAGAGCUGGCAAGGGAUCAUUCGAAGUAGUGGUAUCUUUUAA